GCUCUCUCCUCACAGCCCCCACGUCUCCAGCGUCAUCUGUAUAUCGCAGGCCUUCCCCAGAUCUCAUCUCAUCUCCUCUCUCCUUCUCGCACUCAUGGACUUGCCUCAUCAUCACUGUCGUAUACUGUACCUGGAUCUGUGUGUUUUAGUUCAUCACUACAGCUUCAACGUCGCUACAUGACCCGUUUUCGCCUGAUACUAUGGCCGUCCCCAGCAUUGGGGACAUCUUGAUGGUUUCACAAGUUGCGUGGAAAAUCGGUCGAGCCUUUUCCGCAGGUCGGAUCAAUGCACCAGCCGAAUUUCAGGAAAUCGAGGCGGAGAUCAACGGGCUAGCGAAAGUCUUGAAGCUUCUAGCCGAGUCCAUUCACGCUGACUCUGAAAUAAGCUUCUUUCAAAGUGCCGACAGGGAAAUUCAGGAUGGUAUUGGCACAAUACUAUCCUCUUGUCAAAGGACUAUCAACGAUUUGGACUCAUUGAUAGAUCAAUAUCAGGUUAUCAGGAAACAUCGAACUAUCGGUGGCUUCGCAAUUGAACGGUCAUGGAGCGACCUUGUGUUGGCCGAAUACAAGACAGUGAUGUGGACUACAGAUGGUGGAAAUCUCCAGAACCUGAAGGAUUUACUCCAGUUGCAUACACGCUCCAUCACCCUCCUAACGCAAGCACUGCAAAGCAAGUCGCUAUCACGUCUAGAAAGCGUUGUAGCCCCAAUGGCCGAGCGUGUCGAUAGCAUGUAUCAUACCUCUAAGAACCUAGACCAGCAGCUGGACGAAGUCCAUCGCAUUGUACAAGACCUUACCAUAACAUCCCCAGAUACACAAGUACCACCUGUCCCAGUACAGAAUCCGGCUAGGUCCCCGACUGCGGAAGAACCAAAUCCCUGGAGUCCGACUCUUGCUCCACGCUCGCCUCCGGGCUCUCCGCUUCGCCGCCAAACCACCACGAUCUCGCUACCUCGAGCUCCCCGGCGUCCAAAGUCUCCUCAGCAGCCUUCGUCACCUGGUCCAAGCAGUAGCAUUACCACUCCUUCCUCCCCAACAGAGACUGUAGUCUCGUCAAGAGGAACGUCACCUACCCUCAAAAAUAUAUCUGAAUUCAGCUUAGGCGGCUCCUCGCUUCGCUACUCUAGCAGCAGCUAUGCUUCCUCGGAUACCGGGACAAAUUCUGCUGGGUGGCCCAGCCCAGGGCCAUUGAGAGACUCAUUCGUUAGCCGCCACCCUUCGACAUCUACAAAGAAGACUUCAUCGUUACCACGGACUCCGGAAGUAUACGAACCGGGUGAUAAAGUAGAUGAUGGGCAGUUGUCAUUACUCCCGCCACCGGCGAUGGGAUUAUCGACACCGUACGAGCUCGAAAGUGCUGCGUUACGAAGCUCGCACACCAAGCUGAGCCCUUACCCAUUCACAAAGCCAGAAAUUAUGAAACUUCACCGAAGCUCAACAACAGCAAGCCAGAAAGCAGCUUUUGAGAAAGAAGCAUUCAGGAACUCGGCUAUUUUAUGUGAUAUUCGGGGAAAGCUAGUUGAAUACUCACAUCAAAUCAAUGAAGAUGACCCCAAAGAUGUCGAGAUGAUCCAGGCUUCUGAUGAGUGCCGUAUCGCGGUGGUACGGAAACGGGUACACAACCUAGAAACGAAAUCAAUGCGACUCGUAACGUCAGUAUGGGUUUUCAGCGACGACGGCACUGUAAGAAUAGAACUCCGGAUGGACGACGACCAGAUGUAUAUUCCAUAUUCGAGUUACUUUUCUCCGAAGAAGGUCUCGAUCACAGUUUCAUGCGAGCUCAAGUUUCAUGACGUGAAGGUUGGAAACCGAGCUGCGAAGAUUGCACAGACGAGCUGGGUAAACUUUGUCUUCGAGACGCCACAGGGGGCAGCACUGUUCCAAAACGAACUAAUGGGUCGCACCCUCCUAGCCACCUUCCGCACCGAGAAGACGAUGCGCAUCCACGAAGGCUUGGGCAAAUCAUUCUCCUACGCCGAGCAGAUGUGCGGCCUCGAAAACCUGCGCGUCUGGGAGGACAAUGACACAGGCGCUGUCAUCGCAAUGAUCCACUUCUCCGCCGACUUUCGAAACGGUUAUCUCGCAUUCUACAUCAACUCAAGCGCGAAACCGAUACAGACGAAAGAUGUUGGGAACAGGGAGGUGAAAAUCAAGGGGCUACGGGUGCCGAUUGACGGAGGUGACCGGGCAAUGCGGAAAGACAGUGUUGUUGUGGAGGGGAGCAAAGGCAAAGGAAAGGAACCCGGGGCAGGCAAGAAGACGGGGAGAGUGGAGAAGGAGAAGGUGAUCAGUGGAGCGAAGAUUGAAUUUGCGAGCGACAUGGAGAAAAAGGAGUUUUUGGAAAUGGUCAAGGAGAUGCAGAGGAGUAUGAUUGAACUGCCGGAUUUAAAGGGUGUAAAUUAGAACAAUCGCGAAAAUAAUGCUCCUAGCGAUUUGGUCAAAAUGGGUGCUAUGAUCGGCCAUUGAUGUCGUAAGAACAGUGCCAGUUGGGAUAGAUUGGAUACCGAACGGUAGCGGGCGGUUCGGAACCAUCAGUCAGCGUGUAGGAAAGACCAUUGAAUCGCGGAGUUUUAAUCCGGCGGAUGAUAAGCCGGUUUAGCAACGAUUUAGUAUUACUUGAAUUUAUUGUUAAUCAAGC